CAUCAACGCUCGCCAGAGGACAUACGCAGGGAAUUUAAACCCCUGUACUCAAACAAACAAGAGUUGUUAUUUAAUGACAUCAUUUUAAUAAUGUGUCAUCACCAUAGCCUACAGUAGAAUUAAGUUUGUGUAUUGUCUGUGGACAUUUCUCGCACUUUUUGCGGGAUUAUGUCGGGUGAGCUGGUGGGAAAGCGCUGCCUGUGCGUGAGCGUCGGACAGUCGCUGGAUCUUGCGGAGAUCUCGCGCUGGAGCUGGAGAGCCGGAGUCAUCCGCGCGACCACCGACCCAUCUGCACAAAGGGUGUGUGUACACUGGGAUGGCGAGCAGUACGCAGAAAGAAAGUGGAGGAGACUUAGAGAGGAAUGUGAGGUGGUUUUGUUGGAGCAGGACCUCGUCUGGGCCGCCAAAAAAAACAGCAGCAAUGUCAAUGAAAAGAGGAGCCAACAACCUGCCUUGAGAUUCCACCCUCUGAUUGGUCAUUCAUGCGUGGGAGGUGUGUCAGUGGUGGAGUUUAUCUUUGACAGACAGAUGGAAUUCUACACAGAAGAGGAGGAGCUCCAACCAUUCGAGGAUGAAGUGGACAGUGGAAAUCCAGCUGUGAGAGAUGAUCCAUCUGUGCAGGAACAGAUCCAGGCUUGGCUCAAACAGAACCAUUUCCAGAACAUUCUUCAGAAAGGUGCUUGUUCUCUAAAGAGUUUGAGAGUGAAGGUGUUCCGACAGGACUUUAAAACCCAGUGGCUGUCUGGAGUUAUCACACACCAUGACCAAAACAUCAGAACCAUGUCUGUCAUGACCGACCAGGUUGGAGAAAUUGUGAAUGUAGAUCCGUUGCUGGUUCAGAUGACACUAUUAGAUGAUGUCGCUCACUCCUCGCUGAUGGGGGAAAACUCAAAAUGGAAAUCUCAGAUCACCAGGAACAAUAGGAUAUUUCUUGGGACAGGAAACAGAUCAAGCAACACUACAGCAACAGACGACGUGUGCAGCUCCAGGCAAGUACAGCAGCAGUCUGAGCUUUGCAUACAGAACUGCAGCAUGAAGGAAGAGAAAGAAGUUAUGCGGGAAGAUAAGAAAAGUGAUGAAGGGAGAGAAGAUUUGUCCAAAUCCAGAAACAGUCAUUGUGAGAGGAAAAGGAGGAAAGAAGAGGAGGAGAAAGAUGAAAAGGAGAGGAACAGAUGCGGGAUGAAGAGGUUGAAAGCAGGCAGCGUGUCCGACCUGUCUGAGAACGGCGAUUCUGAAAAUUCCAGCUGCAGAGUUCAAGAUUCAUCCUCGGAUUCAGGAUCAAAGAGACAGCUGAAACAGCAUUACACUUCAAAGAGGCCAUUGGACUGUGAAAUUCACCCCUCCCACAAAGGCGGGGAACCUUCUCCCAGCCAAAUAGGUGAGAAUGAGGGUCAGAAAUUGGGAAAAGCUUCUCAGUCCCAUUCACCUGGUGUAUCCAGCAAUGGUGCAUUCAGAAGCACAGAGGCACCAGAAUAUACGACUGCAACCAGUAGUGGAAAAGCAGUGGUGAAAAGUGUUGGAACAACGGCAGAAAUAGAGGACAGAAUAGAGGGAGCAUCUCGGGAGGACUCGGAGGCUGUGUCUGCACUGCUGGCAUCUCAAGAGACUGAGCAGCUGGUCUCCAUGGAGACCACAUGUGUGCUCCUCCACACAUCACCUGUGGAGUGUGAAGGAGCAGAAGGGGAGCAGGAAAUGUCAACUUGUGAGCCGGAAGCCAGAGGCUCAGAGUUCACCCACACGGAGGCAAAGGGGUCAGAUUUUAGCCAAUCAGAGGUCAGGAGAUCAGACUUAACCCAUUCAGAGCCCAUCAAAGCAAGCAGUGACUCUACAGUCUCGGUGGUAGAGGGACCUAGAGGAGCACUGCCUUACUCGCAAAUCAUACCUAACAAAACUGAUCAUGUGGAUUCUAAACCCACUCGCCCACCAGCUGCUAUACACACAGAAUAUGGACCCACAGUGUCAUCAGGAACGACCCAAAAGCUCAGUGCACACACCAGUCCUUGCUCCUCUCCAGAGGUAAUAUCCAAAUCUCAAACUAUAAACUUGACCUCUAGACAAAAACAAACUGCAACAUUAGACAUAGGCCAAUUGAAGGAGGGCUCUCAUAGAGCAAAAUCCGCCAUAGACAGAACUCCCACAAGCCUUAAAAUGGCACCCAGUCCCAAAGUGACCUGCUCCAUAGCUCCCAUUCUGACACAGAUCCCUUCUCCCACUCCAACCCGAUCCAGAACACCACCCAAUUCUCCCUCCCGUACACCCAAUCACACUUCCACCCCUGACAAGUCAAGCAAAAGCCCACUUAUUGUAGACAGGAAGGAGCCCUUCACUGUCUACAGAGACCCUGCACUAGUAAGAGCAGAGCUGGAAACCCACCCCACAUACAUCCAGCCCCCUAACACACCCCAAAACACCAAACACCACAUUAAGGUCCCAUCUCCCUCCUCCAGCUCUCCGAGUCUUACUCCUUCUUCCUCCCACAGCAAACUCCUAAGUCCCUCCCCUCACCCGGCACACCUCUCCCUCACUCCUCUCCACUCCCAACCUCCUCUGUGCUCCUUAAGCACGCCCCAUUCCACCAUCCCUCACCCACACCUUCUCCCCUCCCUCUUGCCUGCACUCCCAUCGUCUGCCGCACUCUUAGCAGGCCACCCUCGUAUUGGAGCCAUGGGGCUUGCGCACCAUCAUUUGGCCCUUCCGGGCAACUCGUCUCUCCUGGGUCAGACCUCCAGCACAGCUCCUCUGGCAUCGCUUGGCCUAUAUCCCCUCCUGUGGCCUCCAUUCCCCAACGGAGCCCACUGUUACGGUGGCCUGGGCUUGCCAGCCUCUAAAUGGGCACACCAUGACAGCGCUGGCAUCUCUGACACCAGCGUGAGAAGGAACACACAUAGUCCUUGGCUUCCUCAGCCCGCACCAGUGACUACUGCAGACAGUCAAGGGUUACAGACCCCAAUGCCGCUGCGACCCUCCAGCGCUGACCCUCAGAGAGUCUCCAGGAACGCUCAACCUUGCACUCCCUCUUCUAUAACCACAGAAGAGUUAGAGAGAAGGACCACCAAUGAAAGCCCAAGCUCCACACACACUCGCCUCAAGUUCGAGGAGGAUCGGGACCGCGCAACAGUGGGAAGAAAUGGUGUGUCUUACUGCCCGGUCGCCCUUGAGUCGCCCCCCAAUCGAACCAAACAGCCCCUUAUUGUUUACGAUCUUACAGGUGAGAAACCCAAUCGCUACCAAGAAGAGAACCGGCGUGUUCUUCAGGAGAGCAUUGAUGUAGCACCAUUCACCGCUAAACUGGGAUCAGACAGGGAACAACGAUACUCUAGAAGCCCCACAUCUGCCUUUGCUUCCAAAGAGAAGGAGAAAGAGUUGGAGAGGGAGAGAGAAAGAGAGCAAGAUGUGCAUGCCUUCAGACACACUCUACCUCCCAGGCCACAGUCUGCUCAUCCCACGCCAACCCUCACUCAAAACAGCUACUACACCUCUCUGUCCAACAGCGUGGAGAACAAACCACCACAGCGACGAGUACCAACUAGUAAAGAGCUCUACGAGAGACUUAGUGCCAACAAUACCGUAGCCUCUGUCAUGACUCCAACCAGUUCAACGAGCUCAAUUAGAGUCAAACCUCCUCCUCUUGUAAAUCGCCACCAUGAGAAAGAAGAAGGUCUCCUGGGAAAGAUCACAGAGCAACUUGCUCAAAAGGCCUCCUCCAUGGUAUCCAUGGAAGUAUCGGCUAUGGAAAGAAGAGGGCCAGGCUCAUCUAUCAUUUCUAUCUCCUCUUCCAACUGCAGCGUGCCUUUACUCCACCGAGCCCCCAUUUUCCACCCUCCGGCACCACCGGUCGUAGCUCCUAAAGACUCUGGACACAGCAGAUUGUCUCCACCUACCCUCACGCCGAUUCAGCCAAUGAGUUUGUCUGGUAAAGGUCAGAAGCAACAGAGGCCGCCCACUUUGCUGCCUGAAUUCAGACAGGGUGGGGUAGACGGGAAGAGGCCCAGGCCUGAAAAAAUGACAUCUCCAGCUUACGAUGCACAAAGGGGUGGAGUUUUGCACAGUCGAGAGAAAGGGCACACAAAUGGCAGUGUGGUCAGACCACAUUCAGCGACGGCAUCAGUCAUCGUAAGAUCAACAAGCCACAUGCACACAGCAAUAAAUUACACAGUCUCCGACAGCACCAUUUCAAAGAUGCAUUGUGGUCACUUGAAACCAUUUGAAAGUCAAUCCAACCCACAUUUUAAGGAUGGAUGUGUUCAGCUAAAGAGGGGGGUCUUGUGGACACCUCUGGAUACGGUUCAUCCUAUCAACAUGACGCCACCAAAAGUAGAUCUCGGCACAGCCAUAAACAUGGCUACCAAACCUAUUCACAACCAUGUUGAAUCAAAUUGCUCAGUGACCCACCCCCCUGCAAACACGGAUGCCACACACUCCAGAAUGGAUCUUGUUGUAGAACACUGUAAGAGAAAAGACAGUGUGGUUUUUCAACACAAGAUCGAGGACUCUCCGUCUUCCUUUUGCCUGUCUAGAGACUUUCCUCACCUGAAGAAACACAGAGCUGCCGUCGAAUCAAGACUCAACACACAUAUGAUUCAGCCUCAACACACUACACAUUCCUCAAACCCUAUCAAUCACGUCUCACACCUUUUGAACAGUGGGUCUUACACUACACUCCCUACACACCCUGUGUGUUCUGCACAUGUUUUGGAAAAAGAGACUUUAUUAAACAUCAUUCCUUCUAAAUGUCCCAGACUAGCAUCAGGGACUUCGAGUCCCAUUCCUCCAAACAAACAAAGCUCAGUCGCUAAUGAAACGCUGCCCUCCUCAACCCUAACCAACCAAUCGGCUCAAUCCAGUCAUAGCAAUUACCAUAAACUGAAAAAAGCCUGGCUAACCCGCCAUUCUGAGCAAGAUAGAAACAGCACAACCUCUCAAAUCGAAGACGGCACCAAGUUAGUUGUAACUAAUGCAACAAAGACAUCCAUUCCUAUCAGACAAGAGAUGGAUGGACUGGUGGAUAACUGGUCCGCUCAUGCCGACAAAGAUUCUUGCAUAGACAGCAAAAAGUCUAAAACGUUGGACAGGAAGUCUAAUGAUAAUUCUACAAGUUCAGACGACCAAAAAACUGUCAAGGUCAAUGAGAAAGUGACAGCACCCAAAAAUUCAUUAUCGGAGGAUAAACCUGUCCUGGACAGGAAUGGCAAGCUGGAGGGCAAGGAGUCCUCCCUUGAGGACGAGUCUAAUGAAAAGAUAAUGAAUUCAGAGAAACGAGGGGAGAAACGGCCAUUAGAGUCUAGCAACAAUAGUGAGAGUGAAGGGGACUCUGGAGAUGAGAUCGAGAGUGGAGGAUCGGCACAGAGGUUUAAACGACAGUCCAAACCCUCUUUGAAAAUAAAGCAGAAUGACCAUCAGAAGAAGAAAGAAGAAAGUAAAACAGAGGAGGAAGAUGAAGGGGAGGAGGAGAGUAAAGACGACGGCACUUUGCAAAGUUCAAAGGACAAGAAUCAACAGAGACUGUCUAACAGCAAUGGCAUCCCUCGCUCUGUGCUGAAAGACUGGCGGAAGGUCAGGAAGCUCAAGCAAACCGGAGAAGCUUUCUUGCAGGACGACUCAUGUGGUGAGAUCGGCCCCAACGUACAGAAGUGCAGAGAGUGCCGCGUGAAUCGUUCGCGCAAAGCUCAGGAGCCCGCCAUCUCUCCAGUCUUCUGUCGAUUUUACUACUUUAGGCGUCUGUCAUACAGUAAGAAUGGCGUCAUCCGCGUGGAUGGGUUCUCUGUGUCCGAGCAGACAGACGAAGAGGCGGUAACAGUGUGGACGGGCAGCUCAGAGGACGAGGCGGACACAAAGAGAGGAGAGAUGGACCUUGAAACAUCAAAAUACAUCCUGAAACUCAUUGGAGACAACUUCUGCCAGCUCGUAAAGACUGAGAACACUGCCAUCACCUGGGUCAAGAAAGACACUCAGGUCAUGUGGAAGCGAGCAGUGAGAGGAGUGAGGGAGAUGUGUGAUGCAUGCGAAGCCACUCUCUUCAACAUGCACUGGGCGUGUCACAAGUGUGGCUUUGUGGUGUGCAUGGACUGUUACAAAGCCCGCGAGAAGAAAAAAGCCAAAGAUAAGGAGCUGUAUGUUUGGGUCCGUUGCGUGAAAAAUCAGCCUCACGACCUGAAGAACCUAAUGCCUACUCAGAUUGUCCCAGAAACUGUGUUGGCAGACAUGCAGAGCUCUAUUCACUCGAUGAGGGAAACGUAUGGAAUCCUGUCCCACUUGCCCUGCACUGACAACAAAACCCUCAACCCCAGCAUGGCCAGUUCCAAUGGACUUCCAGCAGUAAGACACUUGACUUCCCCUUUCACAACUUUGUGCAGCCACACUUCCUCUAGAUGCAUAUGUGAAUAUUUGUAUUAUUUCUUAUAUGUUCAUUUUCAUAAAACAUCAUAUGAAAGAAGUUUUGGUGUUAAGCUUUCAGACAAAGAUCAGAGUGACUUGAAGAGUCGUCAGAUCCUAGAUCAGCAGAAAAACGCACAACACACAGUGCUGAGAGCACACCAGGAGAGAAGAGAGAAGGCAGAGUGUGACGGUGUGGAACCUCUUAACAGGAAGUUCACCUCCCCUGAACAAGGGUCAACACUACGUGACCUUUUGACCUCCACCGCCGGAAAGCUAUGCCUUGGGUCCGCUGGAGGUGCCUUUGCACCAGUUUAUGACUCCUCCAAACAGGUGGCCCAGAACACUCGCAUGCCCAACAUCCUUGAUGACAUAAUCGCAUCUGUAGUAGAAAAUAAGAUUCCCCCUACAAAGAUGACCAGGUUGGGACUAAAUCAGGAUUUGCUGCCAGAGGAUGAGGCGGGGCAGAGGCCAGAAGGGCCGAAGCUUGAUGAAAGCCCAUCGGCUGAUCCCUACGCCACUGUCUCUCAUGAUUGGCUAGGAAUUCACCGCCUGCUUUGGCUGAAAGAUCACCGUCUCCAAAGCAACCAUAGACUGUUCAAAGAGAACUGGACACAAGAGCAGCCAGUGCUGGUAUCCGGCUUACACAAGAGUUUGAAUGCUAACCUGUGGAAGCCUGAGCACUUCAGCCGUGAGUUCUCUAGUCUUCAUAGUGACCUCUACAACUGCAGAGAUGGCAUCGUUACAAACUCCAGGGUUAAGGAGUUCUGGGAUGGUUUUGAGGAUGUGUCAAAGAGGCCAAAGUCUGAAAAGGGUGAGCCGGUGGUAUAUAGACUGAAAGACUGGCCAUCUGGGGAGGAGUUUUUGGCCCUUAUGCCUGACAGAUAUCAUGAUGUAAUGAAGACUUUGCCGGUUCCCGAGUACACAGACCCAGAGGCUCACCUGAACCUGGCCUCACACCUGCCCUCCUUCUUUAUUCGACCUGACCUUGGUCCUCGCCUCUGCUGCGCCCACGGUGUCACAGCAUGCCUAGAGCAAGACUUUGGGACCAGUAAUCUACAUGUUGAAAUCUCAGAUAGCAUGAGUAUUCUGGUAUAUGUUGGGGUGGCCAAUGGAAACAGUGCUCCAUCCAAAGCAGGUGUGUUGAAGCUUUUAGAAGGAGAAGUUCUGGAUGAGAGUGUUAAGAAACGACUGAGAGACCCAAAUGAGACUCCAGGCGCUCUGUGGCACAUCUACGUAAGAAAAGAUAUACAGAAGAUCCAGGAGUUCCUUCAAAAGGUUGCUGCCGAACAGACUGAAACAGAUCAAGAGGUGGACUCUGACUCGGAGUGGGAUGGCGAUGCAGACCCCCUGCGUGAGGGCGGCUGGUAUUUGAGCGCCAGGCUAAGACAGAGGCUGCAGGAGGAGCAUGGCGUGGAGAGCCGUACACUCCUCCAGUUCCAUGGAGAUGCUGUUAUCAUCCCUGCAGGAUCACUGCAUCAGGUGAUGAAUCUGCACAGCUGCAUCCAAGUGAAUGUGGACUUUGUUUCCCCUGAACAUGCGCACAACUCGUAUUACCUAACCCAGGAGCUACGCCCACUUAAAGACCAAGUGAACUACGAGGACAAACUCCAGGUGAAGAACAUCUUUUACCACUCUGUGAAAGAUGCUGUGACCACACUGAAGAAGCAUUUGAAGGAGAAAAAAUCAGAGGAGGUGAAAGAGGAGUCUUGACAGUGUCCCUCCUCAUUCACAUGGAGCAUAAAGACAAUCCCAAGAUACUGAAGGAAGGGACCGUUGCUCUCAGAUUUGAUAUCAACAAAAAGGACCUCUGGUGGUUCUCUACACGGUUCUGUCACUAACGCUAUGAUGUCACUGUCUUGUCUCUGAUUCUGUUGUUUUUGUUUGAACUUCCCUGUUGUGUCUUCCUGCAUUGACAGGAAGUGAGGUGGGGAUACAGAAAUAUGAAAGUAAUACACUUUGCUCUCGAGGCAAGUGCAAAGAGCUUCAAAGUCCUACACUUCCAAGUGCAAUGGUCACUUGCAGCACAUUCUGAAAACUAUAAAAGAAACAUUGAAGAAAAACAGGAGUGUUUUUUCCAAAGGCGAUAAUGAUUCAUGACAUGUUCUUUAUCAGUCAUUCUUGCGCUGCAGAGUGUCCGCCACGCUGUCACACUGUGUAUUGGACAGUUGAAGAAUGCAGCAAUUCCAACACAAUAAUAGCAGCAUUCCAUCAGGUUAACAGCUGCCAAACUGACAGAGUUCAUUAUGUUUAAAAGCAACAUUAAAUUAUUUACAGUUUGGCAAGUAUUCACUGUGCAGAAGAAGAUUAUGAAAGAAACUGCAGUUUAUGUUUAUUUGAAAAAAGAUCUUGUGAAAAUUUCAGCUGAAAUGUACUAUGUAAAUAUCAGAAUAUACAUAUCUAUAUAAAUAUAUUAUGAUUUUCUAUAACAUUGAGUGCUUUAUUUGCUUUAUGUGUUGUUUGCUACUGUAUGUACAUUGAAGUUAAAGAGAUGUUUUACAUUGUCCAUUAAAAAUGGAUCAAUCAGAAUGUUGUUUGUUAUAACUUUAUUUGCAUCCUCUUCAUCCUCCAUUGAAAUAAACAGUUAAAAAAAUAUUCAGCUUUUUGUUAAAAAACUAUAUUUAACUCACCCAAAAAUACAAAUUCUGUCAUCAUUUACUCACCCUCAGGUUGUUUCAAACCUAUAUCAAUUUCUUUGUUCUGUUAAACACCAAGAAAGAUAUUUGUAAGAAUGUUUACCAAUUUAGGAACACAAACAGUUCUGGUGCACAUUUUAAU